CGUCUCACCUCCCCACUUCGUUGGUUCCCUGGUCUCGCCCACUUCCGCUUUUCCCAGUCCCUCCCCCGCCUCGCAAGAUGGCUGUGGUGCCGCCGGGCCCGGAGCCUUGGAACCGCGUGAGGAUCCCUAAGGCGGGGAACCGCAGCGCAGUCACAGUACAGAACCCCACCGCGGCCCUGGACCUUUGCAUUGCAGCUGUAAUGAAAGAAUGCUGUCUUGUUACACUGUCACUGAAGAGCCAAACCUUAGAUACAGAAACAGAUGUGUUAUGUGCAGUCCUUUACAGCAAUCACAACAGAAUGGGCCGCCACAAGCCCCAUUUGGCCCUCAAACAGGUUGAACAAUGUUUAAAACGUUUGAAAAACAUGAAUUUGGACGGUUCAAUUGAAGAUUUGUCUGAGUUGUUUUCUUCCAAUGAAAAUCAGCCUGUAUCCAACAACACAUGUGUCAUUCCCAGUCAACCAGUGGUGGAACUGGUGUUAAUGAAGAUUUUGGGGGCCUGCAAAUUGUUACUUCGCUUGUUGGACUGUUGCUGCAAGACAUUUCUGUUGACUGUGAAACAUCUAGGUUUGCAAGAAUUCAUUAUUUUAAACCUUGUGAUGGUUGGGCUGGUGAGCAGAUUAUGGGUUCUCUAUAAAGGUGUUUUAAAAAGGCUGGUUUCUUUAUAUGAGCCAUUGUUUGGAUUGCUUCAAGAGGUCUCUAGGAUUCAACCAUUGCCUUACUUCAAAGAUUUUACCUUUCCUUCUGAUAUUGUUGAAUUUUUGGGACUGCCCUAUUUUGAGGUCUUUAAGAAAAAAAUGCCUACUGCUUUUGCAGCUAAAGGCAUAAGUAAAUUGUUAAAUAAACUGUUUUUAACAAAAGAGCAAUCACCAAGCUGCAGUGAAGAAACUUUACUUAGAAUUUCCAAAAAAGCCAAACAAACGAAGACCAGUGUACAGAGUAAUGUGGAUCUUGGACAGCCAGUAAAGAAAAUCGUCAAAGAAAAGUCAUCAGAAUUUGAUGUGAGGGCUUACUGCAAACAGUUGAAACACAAAGCUCUUCAGGAGGCCAGCUUUGAGUUUAAAGGUUCUCAGUCCCAACUAAAUGCAACCAAAUGUUCUUCUCAGAAAGCAAUAGGAACUCCCUGUGCCAAGAGUUUUGUGCAAAGACUCCAAGAAGCUGAGACUUUCAUACAACUUUCUGAAGAAAUCCAAAUGGCAAUUCUGUGGUGCAGGAGCAAAAAACUCAAGGCUCAGGCUUCCUUCCUGGGCAACAAACUUCUUAAAAGUAACCGGCUUAAACACGUGGAAGCUCAAGGUUAUAGUUUGCCCAAGAAACUAGAGUGCAUAAAAACAUCUAUUUGCAACUGCCUUCUUCGUGGCUCAGGUAGCAAAACUUCAAAGCAUCAUCUGAGACAAAGAAGAUCACAGAAUAAAUUUUUACUGAGACAGAGAAAACCACAGAGAAAACUGCAGUCAACUCUUUUAAAGGAAAUUCAGUCCCCUGCCAGGACUCAGAGCGCAACAGAUGCCAGUAAACAGAGACUCUCAGACCAUACAGUUCACAGAACUAAUCUCGGCCCUAACAGUACGCAGUUCUUGAGUAGCAGAGUCUCAAAUCCUGUUAUACAAACUAAGGAGAAACCAAUUCAUGAGAAUCUUACAGGAAGCAAUGAAAAUGAAACGGAUUCAUGGACAAUGAUGCAAAUAAACAAACGUAAUAUAUUAGGAACCAUUAAGGAGACAGAUGACAUUGAUGAUAUUUUUGCUUUAAUGGGUGUUUAGAUGCUCCUAUGUUUGACUUUUAAGUGGUUAGCAACCUAGUCCAGUGUUCUGCUGUUUUAAGUGGAACUCCUGGGAUCUGGGAUGAUACGCGUGUGGACUCAGAGGAGUGCAACAUUGAUUUAGUGCAACAUUGUACAGCAAUUCAUUUCAGUUCAAUAAACAUUUAUAGUA